GUUAAAAGGUUUAGUUUAGGGCUCCUAUCAUGAUUUUAACCACCAAGAACGACUCCGACAGCUCGGUUGUUCCGUGUAACAUGGACAUCAAGACGAUCAUGCUUUGAAAUAAGUAAAUUCUUUCGGUCGGAAGUUAUAAUUCUUUCGGUCCCUCUCGUCCAGCACAAAACCCUUCGUCGCAGAUUAAGGCGGUCAACAUCAACAGACAGUCAUCUAAGUCCAUCCCUACUGGUAUGACAAGAACUACUACCCAUCAUGAUUAUAUCAGAAACAAAAAAACAACCCGCGCUGUAGUCCCCCCUGAAAGAAUUUAGAAUAGUAAAGCGCGCAGAUGUUGAAUGAAUCGAAGAAGGAAAUUGCACCUUCUUCACCCGUUCAAGUAGAUCUCCCCUACAACUGCAGGGUACAGCUGCCGUUUCCUGCAGUUUUUCUUCCCUAGAUGUGUUAUUUCAAAAAGAAAGAGCUUAAGUAAGUAGGCAAAGUACGGCUACGGCAUUCGUAUAAAUAUUAUCAAAAACAAAACACAAUAGUACAUCGCAAAGAUCAUGUCGGGGGCUGGACAUAACCCGAGCACGCUGAACUCCACCAGCCUGGUGGGCAGCGAUGGCUACAACGAAAAGCAAUACACUGCCUUGCGGGAGCCGCGAGGAGAUGGAAGUGAACUCUUGCCACUCGAUUACUUCAGGAAUUCCACGGCCUCCGUGACAUGUAUGGGAGUGUCAGGAUCGAAAUCGACAAAAUCGAAAAAUUUGUCAUGCACAAAAUGUAGAGCACUGAAGGCCUGUGUUGGGGAGCAGGCAUAUGGGACCGAUUGCGAGCCUGUUUAGGCGUAUGCAAUGUGGUACCAGAGUAGCAUGACAGGAGCAGCCUUCUUUGCCCAAACAGCAUGACAGACUGGAUUUGGGUGCUCCCGCAAUUUGUCAUGCGCCACUUGGAAACUGAGGCCCCAACUGGCAUCGAUUUUGUGCAUCACAAGUUUUUCGAUUUUGUCGAUGUCGAUCCUGACACUCUCAUAACAUGUCCCGUCUACGCCUACUACAAAUACCAGCCGCAGGUGGCCGAGGUUUGCCUGCACUGCCCCCGCAUUGUCCGGCUCUGGCAGGACAAGAAAGACGACCCGAACGCCCGGCAGCAGGCGUCCAAGCUUAUCAGAUGAAUGCACAAGAACUUCAACUCCCCCUCACUUGUAAUGCAAAACACCAACAAAUCCACGCGUUGCCUGUGCCUCUUGGCACUGUUCGCAUGACAAGUUCUGGCAGGGCCCAAAUGGCACUACACUCCUGUGCAAUAAAUUUGUCAUGCAAAUAAACCUGCACUAUUGCUGACGCUCCUUGUAUUGCAGUUCAUGCCAUACAAAUGAGGGGAGGGGGAGAAGUUGUGCACUGUUAUAAAGCUACUGGGCGUGUCCGAAGCGGCGCUGGAGAAAAAGGGCGUGCCCCUAUGCAUUGCAAAUUUGUCUAGGUGUGGAAGUAGAGUUCCAACUUGUCAUGCAAAGUCUGGAUCACGGGAACAAAAUCUAUGUUGUUGCGCGAUUGCCAUCAAAAGGUGCCAAGGGUUGAACAAGUUGAGAGGGAGUAGUUGCUUCUCUUGCAGCACAGGCAUGAUGCAGUGACAGGUCUCAACACAAAAUGUGUCAUGCUACGACCUGCAGCAUUCCCGACCUUAAUAAGGUUGAGAACAAUGCUGCAGGUCCUAGCAUGAUAGGACCUGCGUGACAAGUCUUGCAAAUGCAAUCCCCCAUCCCCAGACAUGUUUGCGUUUGCCGUGGAUAGCUUGCCGGCAUGAUCUGCCGGGAGGGGGGGCUGAAGCUGUGCCGUGCGGGCUACUACUGUCCAGACGUGGGUACGGAGCUCCAGGCGCCGAAGGGCUUUUACACGCGCUCCGGCUGGACUGAGCCCCGAGAAUGUAUCGGGCCCACGUGGCUGCGCGUAUGAACUGCAAAAGUAUCCGAUACUUGUAUCAAUGCAUUACAAAUUUGAAUUUCAUCCUCAGCAUGAGAAAUAAAAUUUGUAGUGCGGAUUUACUUUAGCAAAGGGAUUUGUAAUACAUGAUUGCAAUACGAGUGCGAUACUGUUGCAAUGCAUAGCGCGACUGCCAUACCAACUACCGGGAGCCGCCCUGGCAGGAGCGUGGGACCUUCUUUUCCGCUAUCACAGGAAAAAGCGUUAACGUUAACGGAGUUUGUGAUGCAGUAAUGCAUCACAAAACGUGCCAAGAUUUCUCAUGCAUAGCAUGCACGCUAGGCAAAAUUUGUGAUGCAUAUUUGCAAUCUAUGAAAACCGUGAACGUUAACACUUUUUUGUUUGAUAUCCGCCUUUUUUGCGGAGCCGGUGAUAGUCGAAAACUAUUCCAACUUACCCACCAAGCUGAAAACCACCAAGGGCUACUCGGCGCCGGAGAUCCACGACGAAUUGUUUUGGCUCCUCGCGGUCUUCAUCUUCCUGAUGGGUGUUUUUUCAAUAUUUUGCCUGCAAACCUUUCGCGAGUACGUGAUGAGCGGCAAACUGCCCCGGUCCUGGGAACAGUAUGGAUUGCAAAAGUAUCGUUAUGUAUAAAUUGCAUCACAAAUUUCGGCAAGAACAGAAGUGGAAUUUGUAAUGCUGUUUCAGCGAUUUCGAUUUGGAAAGAGAUUUGCCAUGCAUGAUAACUGCAAUUAUCUACUUAUACGAGUGCGACACUUUUGCAGUGGAUAAAGAGAUCAAAAAAGCCUAUCUCCCCGGCGGUAGUCACAAGCGGUCUGGCAAGCGUCGAGACAAACAGUUUCAGAGGCGGUAUCAAAUGUAAAAAUGUCUGGGUCUUGAAAGUUGGAGCUUGUAAUGCUAGCUUUACAUUACUGGAAAAUCUGUAUAAUUGCAUAAGGAACAAGGGACGCAGCUACUUUUGUCAUGCAAGAACGCAGUUUCUCAUGCGGAAUUUCUAUGAGAAAGCAUUCUGGAAAGUUGUCAUGCUGGGCUGCAUUCGGAAGUGUUUCCAUCAUCCACAUUUUAGCAUCACAAGUUUCCAGACCCAGACAUUUUUGCAUUUGAUAGGCGGCGGGACCGGCUGAAAGCCUUUGUCUCGGACCACGACAAGAAUUUUACGGAGGGGGAUGCGGAUAUCGCAAGAAAAAAACUGUUUCACUGUAAACGUGCAAUGCAGAAAAUGCAUCACAGAAGUGUUUGUCUCGCUACACAUGCAAGACAAGCCGUGUGUUUUUCCCUUUGAGGGAUCCUCACAUGGCCAGUUUUCUUUGUCAUGUGUAGUAACAGAGUUGUAAGGCCAAACUUGCAGAAAUUUUGCAGCAAAAUCCAUACAGCGAGACAGUUUUUUCGUACGAUAGCGGAGGAUGACGAAGUUUAUCACCUCCGCGACCUAGAGGAGGAGCUGUUGCACAUGCUGGGCUACGAGCUAAAGGAAGAGAAUCUCCUGGUGGAGACGGGCCUGCUGCAACAUAAUCAAGGUCACCAGCAUCUAGUAUCGACGGUGGUGGACGACCCAAGUCAUGUUGGCGGAAGAAGCGUCAAGAACAAGAUUAAAAAACCUUCCGGAGAUGUUAAAGGGGAGCAAGCGACGGGGGAAGAACUCGUCUUGCAGGACAACUACUCAUCUUCCGCUCUUCCUCCAGGGUCUUUCUCUGUGACGAAACGGGCUGAAGGAAGUGCGGUGGUCGAAGCGGGUGAUAAUAUCCUACUUGAUGGAGUGGUUGUAGAAGACAACGACCUGUCCUAUACCCCGCUCAGGUGUUACAAUCUCAAACGUUACGAAUAGAAUAAUGGAAAUCUGUGUUGCCAGAGUGCAUGAUCUAGCCAACUCUCAUAGGAUUGCGCAUGACAAGUUCCGGAGUCGGGAGUCCCAAACCCCACUACAAUCUGGCGAAAUUUGUAUUGCAGAAAGUGGAACGCUCUGCGAGUCUGUCAUGCUCAUCAUGCAACACAAAACCCAGAUUCUAUUGUAAAGUUUGAGAUUGUAACGUUUGAGCAGGUCAUAUGUCCUUUCACAGUGGCGAAGAGGGCGAGGAAGAGGAAGAUGAAGAACAAUGCCAGCAGGACCGAGAAACCUCCGACCAGCAUGAUGUUGUCCAAUUUAUGCCUUCAUCUUCCCGCUCGAAAAAUCCGAAAGCUGAGGGCGAGCAGGCGGCCUUGUCAACAACCUCUUCGAAGCAGGGCAAUAUCAGUGUUAUUUCUGCGAAAUCCCGUGCGAUGCAGGUGCAGCAAAAACAGCAGGCCGCACGGGCCGCUGCGGGAACAGUGUCAGUGUCGAUGAAUCCAAAUGCAACAGUAGCUUCCGUUGCAGCUGGUGGAACUUUUCCCAAGAAGGUGCGGUUAAUCAAUGAAGUGGAUGUUGAAAAACAACCGUCCCGACUGCGUCACGAAGAAGGGGUGGAACUACAGCCGGUAAGAACAACAUCUUCCAAGCCUUCUAUGUCCUCUCCAAGGACAGAAAUAUCAAAACCUGUUCCAGUCGAUGUAGGAGCCCACAGCUCCGAUGAAGAGCCCGUCGUCCCCCCAGCCCUGCGCAUCACGUUUGAAGACCUGGACUUCACGGUCGGACCGUAUCAACUGUAAAAAUGUCUGGGUUUGGAAGAAUGCAAGUUUGUCAUGCUUGUCUGGCAUGACUCGAGAAUGUGUGUUGCUUGGGCACGAAAAACCCUCUUACCUGUCAUGCGAAAACGCAGUUUGCCAUGCGGAACACGUAAGACAUGGUUUGUAUGAUGAGGUCGCCGAAAGUGCUGCCUCGCCCACCCCCCGGCGAGGGGAUCCUUGACCUGUGGCGCUGGGUGCGGGUGUCCACUACAUGAUGAUGACGUAAGACAUGGCAGCCAAAAAAUUUGUCAUGCGUAGCUGCGUAUUGCAGUGCGUCUACCAUUCAUUUUUAGCAUUACAAGUUUCCAGAGCCAGACCCAGACAUUUUUGCAUUUGAUAGACCGAAAGCCGUGCUGAAAUCGGUCAAAGGCUCCUUCGCCCCCGGCUCCCUCGUCGCGGUGAUGGGCGCUUCCGGGGUAUCGCGAGGAAAAAGCCCCCCUCCCCAUAUUGAUGACAAGGUACGUUUUCGGAAAUUUGUGUUGCUGUUUUGUGGCCACAAAUCACGCCUGUCUUGCAAGGAGGCAACCCCACAGACAACCGCCGCGCUAUGCGUUCGCUUUGUCGUGCUGUUGGGCCUACAGGAGCACGGACGUUUUUCAUGCUAGGCGCCUAGGCCAGAGCCUCUCUACUCAGGCUUGAUAUGGGUCAUCUGCAGUCCUCUCCAGCAAGACAAAGCUGAUUUGUGUACGCAGGUCCGGCGUCAGAAGUUUCGUUUUUAUGUGGGGAGGGGGGAUUUUUCGUUUUGAUAUUGGGCGGGAAAAACCUCCUUUGUGAAUGUCGUGGCAAACAAACUCCAGUCUUACGCAAAUGCCGGGCAGUUACGAAUCGACGGGCAAAUCCGGCUGGGGCUCGUGGAGGACGGCUGUCAACAGUUCCCGUCCGAGGUUGGCUACGUUCCGCAAGACAAUGUGAUGUUUGACGAACUUUCGGUGUGGGCCAACCUCUAUUUCGCCGCCAAGCUUCGCAUGCCGAAGGGGACCGAGGACCAUAAGAUCCGCAAAACGGUCGACAACGUGCUGAAGAUUCUGGAAAUCGAUCAUGUCCGGAAUAGUCUAGUCGGUGGCGUGGAGCAACGGGGGAUAUCUGGCGGGGAGAAGAAACGGGUGAGUAUCGGAAUGGAGUUGGUCGCAUUACCACGCGUGCUGUUUCUCGAUGAGCCGACGUCCGGUUUGGACGCGGCGGCUUCCAUGAAUGUCUGCCGAUGCUUACGAAGAUUGCGGAAAUUCAAUGUUACCACGGUCUGUGUCAUCCACCAACCACGGCAGUCGGCUUUCUUACUCUUCGACCAGUUGCUGUUAUUGGCGAAGGGACAAGUGGUGUAUCUCGGGUCCCCGUUUGGCGCCAUCGAGUACUUCAUCCGGCUCGGGUUCCCGUUCACCACCGGGGAGAAUGCGGCCGACUGGGUGUUGGACGUGCUGGAGGGGUUACACACUUGUCGCUUCGACGACAAGGGAAAUCGGGCGAUCGACUACGCAGCGGAGCUAUCCUGUGCAACAGCAUCGUACUCGUACUAGACGCAGUCACGCAAGACAAAUUUCUUAGUCAAGCUAAAUCAGCAUGAGAAAUUUCAUUUGUUGUGCUGAGCUAAUUUGUAUUGCAAUCCUACCACGAGUACGAUACUUUUGCAGUUCAUAGGAGCAGUCCGGAAACAACGACAAUGGUGCCCGAGGUGCACCGGGCACGAAGAAAUCCCUGAAAGUGAUCAUUUAUCCUGAGUAAAAACGUCCCCACACGACCAGAGUUAAGAUGGAAAAUCUGCUAGACAAAUCGACCAGCUUUGGUUAUUUCGCAUGACAAGUUUCGAUCCUCGUAGUGUAGUCCUCGUUUUAGCUAGUUCAGCAGCAUCACAGAUCUAGCGCAUCGUGCUGGUUCUAGCAUCGCAAACCCCAUCAAAACGUCACGACUAUAAAACGCUUCUCAUGGCGGAUAUGGGUUUUCCCGCAUGAGAAACUUUUUUGGCAUGCAGAUUUGCGUAACAGCUCUGGGUUGGGGACGUUUUUAUUCAGAAUAUCAUUUCCGAGGCCAUCAGCGAUCAUUGGCGCCUUCGUAUCGCAAGAAAAAAGUGUUACAGUUACACAUUGUGUUGCAAGACCGGCAACACAGACAACCUUUCUCAUGCAGGAAAUGCUUGGGAGCCUCGUUUCCUCGCUGUUUUCCCUUAUGGCCUUCGCAUUACUCUGCCACACAGAGAAAAUUUGUGAUGCAGAAACUCCAGCAAAUGUGUAAACUGUAACGCUUUUUUCUCGUGAUACUUCGCGAGUCCAAGCACCGCUUUGGGGACGCAACGCUCACGGAAUUGGAGACGCUGGAACGCAUUGCCAGCUAUUUUCUGCCGCGGGAAAACAGAAGCACCGCGGUUGCAGCGGCCCGCGACGUAGGUCUUUCAUCAGCACAGCAGGGGAAUAAACAACUCGAUCACCAGCAGCGGCACCAGCAGUCGCAUCAGGACAUUGACUACAUUAACAAGCGAAGCCAAAGGAGCAACCAGCCUUUGUCCACCGCGGGAGUCGCCUUUAGAGCUGCGGGAUCUUCGCAAAAACCCCCGCGGGGACACAGAGAAGGCAAAACUCAAAACCAUGAUCAACAUCUACUUAUGGCGGUCUCAAAUCAGUUACAUUCUGAACUGUUACAUGAAUUAUUGCAAAAAUGCAAGAACAGUAACAGUCAAAGGGGCAAGCUUGCUGCUUUCGCAUCACAGCAGAUUUGGCACAGAUUUAGAUGCUGUUUAGCCCUUGUUCGGAGAUUUGUCAUGCUAAGUAUAGCUUGAUCUUCGUCACUCAGUGACCGCCAGUGACGGUCACUGGCGGGCUAGGGUCGUAGUUUUCCUUGACAAAAAAUCCCAUACAUAACAGUUGAGAAUGUGCCUGAUUUGAGAAUCUCAUACAUCUUAGUGAUCAGCGGUUAACUCGCGCGGCCACGCUUGAGGAUGAGGACUAUGAUGACGCGUUAUUCCAAACGACCCCGCCCGUGAUGCCAAAUAGGAAGAUGAGCAGCGCAGAGAUGGCGGCGAUGUUCCUCAGUAAAAGCAACAGCAAGAGUACACUAUUAAAACUUGCAAAUGCGAGUCCCCUCCACCAGCACCCAGAGGGCGAGCGGAGGAGCGGCGGACCGACCACGGUGGAACAAAAUUAUGAUUCAUCGGACCCGGAAACGAGGACAACGACAAGUGCGGAUAUAAUUCCUCGCUCGGGCAGAAGCACUACUACCACCACCACCACCAGCUACCGUACCAAAGGCGUCACCAGCACCGUACGGCUUGCUCUUGCGCAGCAAACGGCCAAGGGCCGCCUUUCAAGAUCUACCAGCACUCCCGGCAGAAAUAGAAUGACAAGCACAUCCAGAAUGCUGACUACACCGAAUGCUCGUUUAAUGUUCCUCGGAGGGUCCACCUCGCAGGAGCCGCGCCAGAUGUUCAGUCGGGGAAGAAGUACUCGGAAGAGUAACUACGACCGGCGGACGACGCACUUAGCGCCACCUUUGCCCGAGAGCAGGCUGUUUUUCAAUGGGGAGGAGUACGAGAAAUGGCAGGAGUUGGAAAUUUUAUUUCGGAUCCUUUUCAACGUUGAUGAGGAGGAGGAGGAAGACGAGGGCUUGGGAAGCGAGAGUAAUUCCUACACGGAAGAGGAACAAGACUAUGAGAGUGCACAACUCCCACCUCUCCCCGCCCUCAUUUGUCAUUGCAAAAUACCAAAUCCAAGCACUGGUCUGUGAUAUUGUGUUCGCAUGACGGAUUCCGGAAGCUGCUGCUGCCCAAAGAACAGUACUUACAUUACAGAGUACUACAUUACGUUCUAUGCACGGGCUCCACAGGUCGUGUGGGUGUUUGUAUUGCUGUCCAAGCAACAAUACAAAUGAGGGGGAGGGGGCCGAGUUCUUGUGCCCUGUCAUAAAGACAACCAAGAACAACCCGGUGGUGGAGCACGCUUUCGCACGCAUGUGGUUCGAAGCCGCAUUGACCCCGACCACGAGUUAGAGAGCCUCCAGUCGACGUCGAGCGCCAUUAGUUCUUCACGGGGCUUCGUCAGCACUGCUACUAUAAACAAGCCUGGACCACGUGGUCGACAUGAUAAACUGCCGAAAAGAUUUUGGAACUCCGCUAUCAAAAGGAAAAUGCCCCCUCCCCAUAUCGAAAACGAAAUGUGUCUGUGUGAUGCUGUAUUUGAGUACACAAAUCGACUUGUAUUGCUAGAAGGCCAAAAGACGCAUCUGUGGCCUGAAUUGCACGCAAUUUGUCAUGCUGUUUCACACUUCCAGUUGCCUCCUGUCAUGCUGAAGAUGCAAGGCUUUCCCACGCCAGCCAGCGCUACAGUCCGCAUCUUUUGCCUUCGAGCAUGACAAAGCUGAUUUGUGGCCACAAAUCUGCAUCACAGACUACCGCUUUGAUAUGGGGAGGGGGGAUUUUUCUUCUUGAUAUCCGCCCUGAUCGCGCUUUCCGUCGAGGACGUCCAAGAUGUGCUGGAAGACGUUCUCUCCCGGCCGAUUUCGCACAAACUGGUGCGCGAACUGCUGGACAGCUACGAGGCCGAAUUUGCAAUGAAAUUCCCGAAGGCUCUCACGCAGUUGGACGCAGCGACAAGUGGGCCUCGUGCUAGUAGCCCUUCCUUCGGCGCGCAUCAAAUUCAAAUUCAGACUCACACAACUGUGGCGCGACGUGCUGAGGGUAGUUCUGUAUCACGAGGAAAAAUCCCCCCUCCCCAUAUCAAAAGGAAGUUUCUGAUGCUGGAUUUGCGUUUACAAAUCAGGUCUGUCUUGCAGUAGAGGACAGCAGGCUCCUGCCAAGCCUGAGUAGAGAGCUUUUGGCCUAGGCAGUUAGCAUGAGAAACGUGUAUGCUGUAGGCCCAACAGCAUCACAAACCGCCCGCAUAAUGCGGCAGAGCCUGUGGAGUUGUCUUCUUGCAAGACAGACGUGAUUUGUGGUCUCAAAUCAGCAAGACAAAUUUUCGGAGACAUACCUUUUCGAUAUGGGGAGGGGGGAUUUUUCCUCUCAAUAUUCUGGGCAGGCCCCUACCACGGCAAUGGACUACUUGCCGGAGGUGCAGCGUGGUGGACCCAAUUAUACUGAUUAUCAAAUGCAAAAAUGUCUGGGUCUGGAAGCACGCGAACUUGUGAUGCGCAUUUCACUGCACAGACAAAUCUCUCAUGCAUAGGCAGCAAAAGGUGCCCAUUUCCUGUCACCAAAAUGGGGGACUUGUCAUGCAGAUUAAGCAAUGCGGAAGCUUCUCGAAAUAUGUGAUGCUAGGGCUUCCAUGAGAAGCAUUUUGCGUCAUGCAAAAACAGCAUGACAAAAAUCUGCAUUCUUCCAGACCCAGACACUUUUGCAAUCCAUACUGAUGGAAGUGCUGCGACGUCGCGACCGACGGUCGCUUCGACCGGGAGCGAGAACAUGUCCGUGGGCCUUCCCGAGCGCGGAACUGGUUCGCAAAUGAACCACGACGGCGGCAUAUGCAUUGCAAAUAUGUCUGGGUCUGGAAGAAUCCGAACUGCGCAUGCUAAAUCUGAGUCGUGAAAAAAUCUGUGUUGCAUGAACCGCACAAGUUAAUCCAUUUCUUGCCACGCAAAAGGCAAACUUCUCAAGCGGAGUCGGGCAUUAAGAAGCUCAUGCAAAAUUCCUACCGCUUCGGAUCAGCUUCUGGGUGCAUUCGUUCCCGUCCAUCUUUGUGGUUCGCGAGAUGCAUGACAUCACACCUCGCACUCCUCCAGAUGUUCACCCAGACAUGUUGGCAUUUGAUACGGCAUGAUGUUACCUCAGAACAACAAAAGCGUGCAGAUUGGGUUGAAUGGUCGUGCUACUGACAGCAAGAACUCUACUGCAGGCGAUGUUCAGAGCAGAGGAACCAACCAGGCCGCGACCAUCCAGCCGGGGCGCUCCAACAUUCUGCGGCACUUCUUCUCGGACGGCAAAAGUAGUAUUCCAAGCUCUGCUGGCGCGAAGACCACGUGGCAGGGGAAACUACUAACCAAAGCGGGUACAACUUCGACCACAAACAUGAGUGGCGAUAGUACAAGUCACUUCGCGUCCUCUCUGUUACGAGAACCAACCCGACCGUCUUCAAUAAACUCUGGCCCAGGAGGGCAAAUCCAAUUCGUGAACAACGAGGAAUUUGUCCACCCCGGAUCAAUAUCAAAUGUAAAAGUGUCUGGGUCUGGAAGGAUGCAAACUUGUGAUGCUGUCUUUGGAUUCUAAAGAAAAAUGUAUUGCAUGACCAGCAAGAGGAAUCCAGUUUGUACUACGUGGGGAAGACAUUUCUCAUGCGCAACAGGCAUCAGGAAGUCCUCUAAAAAUCUGUGAUGCUGGACCAUGCAUUACAGGCAUCAGGGGUCAUGCAAAAUAUGCAUGACAAGCCUCUCACUCUUCCAGACCCAGACAUUUUUGCACUCGAUAAUCAAGAGGCCAGAAGGUCGAAUUUCUCGAGCAGGAGCAUAUGAAUUUUCCGGCGUAUCAAAUGUAAAAAUGUCUGGAUCUGGAAGGUUGGAACUUGUGAUGCUAACUUUGGACUCUAAAAAAAUCUGUAUUGCAUGACCAGCAAUAGGAGCCCAGUUUGUGCUACGCGGGGAGGCAAUUUGUCAUGCGGGAUAGGCAUCAGGAAGGCCUCUAAAAAUAUGUGAUGCCAGAUCAUGCAUUACAGACAUCCUGAGUCAUGUAGAAUAUGCAUGACAAACCUGGCAACCUUCCAGACCCAGACAUUUUUGCAUUUGAUACGGCCCAACAAGAAAUAACAAGACAAAACUUUCGCACCAGGCCCCCCACGACCACAUACGGAGUAGUUCAUCCGCCCACGAACAAGUCUAUUAUGCACCACCGCUGCUCCCUCGCCGCCCUCGUGUACGGCCUGGGGCAGCAGAUGCGGCAACAAAAUUCCGGUCCCGGGGCCGGCACGGUGGUUGGCGUCGGCGACUACUUGGCGCUAGAUGCGGAGGAACGGCGGGGCAUCUGGUUGCGGUCGCAGACCAUGAGCGACGCGGAGCUAUCAACUGCAAAAAUGUCUGGGUCUGGAAGAUUCCUACAUUUGUCAUGCGUGUCUGACAUGACUCAAGAAACUGUGAUGCAUGGACCCGAAGCGGUCCUCUUACCUGUCAUGCAAAAACGCAGUUUGCCAUGCGGAACACGCAACAGAUAGGAGCCCAAAAAAUUUGUCAUGCUCUGCUCCGUAUUGCAGUGGAACCCUCAUUGUUCACUUUUAGCAUUACAAGUUUCCAGAGGACCCAGACAUAUUUGCAAUGCAUAGAAGCGGGCGCAGUACGAAAGUUACGGCGACGGCGGGUUAAUCCAAAGGAUUAAACCCUUGUUAUCGAACCAAUUGUUAAUUCUGUCUCUCCGCGCUCUGUGCCAGUUCCGGGUCCCGCUGUUCAUCUCCAACAUCGUGCUGGCGACGGUGGCGGGAAUGCUGACCGGGAUUUUCACGGGCGGGGGGGAGGAGCUGUUCUACACGCCCUGGCCAACGAUGAUGAUUGGCCCGGUGCUACCCUGUGUAAAAACGUCCCCAACCCAGAGUUGUCAUGCAAAUCUGCAUGCUCAAAAUGUUUGUCAUGCGGAACCCCAUGCGAAGCAUUUUGUGGCUGUGUUUUGGAAUUUGUAAUGCGCCAUUUUUUUAGCAUGAUAUACUAGAUCUGUGAUGCUGCUGAACUACCUCCAACAGCACUACACUGCCACUCCAAAUUUGUCAUGCAAAACAACCAAAACUCGUGGACUUCUCUAGCUGAAUCCCCAUCUUGACGUAUGGGGUGGGGACGUUUUUUCAUAGGAUAGGUGCUGCUGUUUCAACUGUUAGUUUCCGCCGCCUCGCUGGAAGUCUUUUGCUACGAGAAAACGCCGGUCGCGCGGGAAAUUCCGCAGAUUUCAGCGUUAGCCUACGCGCUCGCCCGGAUGGGGAUCCCCUGUGUUCCGCUGCUGUGGAGCUAUAUCCUGUGCAAAAACUAUUGGGCCCACACGACUCCAGAGUUGUCAUGCAGAUUUGCAAUUACAGGAAAACUUGCGAGCAUGCGCUUCCCCAUGAGAGGCAUUUUUGUUUUUCAGCGUGUUUUGGCAUUUGUCAUUAAAGUUAUGCUGAUGUAAACAGCAGAAGAAGAUAUUAAAGAUUGUGGCGCAGUUUUCCCUUUCCUUGAGCUAACCAGCACUACAAUGCAGAUGAGCGAUGAAACUUGUCAUGCGCGACUCCCAACUGGAGUUGGGGAUUUGUGUUGCUGUUAAUUUACCAUCUUCACUCUGGGGUGCUGUGGGCCCCGUUUUUAUUACACAGGAUAAGCCACCCCUUCGCGUUUGCCUGCAUGUAUUGGGGCUUUGCGGUCUGUGACAUCUUUGUCACGGACGCCAUUCUUGUGUUUGCCGUCUUUUCGUACUACGUAACCGGCCUUGCCAUGUGGAUGACAUUGUGCUUCGAAAACCACCAGAUUGGGACCAUGAUGGGCAUUGUCUUCCCCGCGUUUUUGUCGGUCAUGCUCGGCGGCACGGCCGGUUUACUCUACCCCGACAUGACGCCCGCGUUACAAGCUGUCGCGUUCUUCGCCCCCUCCCGCUGGGCGACGAUGAGUUGGAUUAUCGCAAGAAAAAACUGCUUCACUGUAAAGCUGUGAUGCAUAGAAUGCAAUACGGAAGUCUUUGUCUUGCUACACAUACAUGGCAACGGAUUUUUAGGUUUGAUGUUCCCUUAGGAGUCUCGCAUGGCAAAUUUUCUUUGUCAUGUGGAGCAAACUUGUGAUGCAAAAGUUGCAAAACCCUUCCAGUGAAACACUUUUUUCAUACGAUAUGGAUCGCCGCGAGUGUGAAGAAUUUUCCGGCAAAUUGGCAGCGGAUUGCCCCCCUAACCGUCAUAUCAAACUGAAAAAAGCCCCCACGACCCCAUACUCAAAAGACAACUUGUGUUGCUGGAUUUGUGUACACAAAUGAACUUUGUAUUGCAGCGAGAGCUUUUCGGCGUAUUGUAAACGCAUUUGGGUACUACGCAGCCGGCUAGCAGCUGAGCAUGAGAAAGAAGUCCGACAUAGGCGAAAACGCAUGACAGACUGGCUGUACAGUGCGCCACAUGGGUGCCCUUUGCCUUGUGCGCAAGACAAAGCUGGUUUGUGGCCACAACUUAGCAUCACAAAUGUCCUUUUCGAUAUGGGGAGGGGAGAGCUUUCCUCACAAUACGUCAUGCUGAAGGUUUAUGGGUACGAGGAGGAUUUUCAACACCGAACGCCCGAGGAAGUGUUUCACCGGAACCUGUUGAUUCAAUUCUGCUAUCGAAUGCAAAUAUGACUGGGUCUCCUGGAAACUUGUGAUGCAAGUCAGUGAACAAUAAGUGCUCUGUAAUGCGCCGCCAUGCAUGACAAGUUUUUCCGUGCUUCUGUGCUGCGUAUUUCGCAUGAGAAACUUCUGCGCUUUUGCAUGACAGGCAAGCGGGCCUCUUGGUGGCCAUGCAAUACAGAGUGCAGAGUCAUGCCAGACUAGCAUGACAAAUCUCGUCGGAACCUUCCAGGAGACCAAGACAUGUUUGCAAUCCAUAUCUGCCUCGGGACCGCGUGCCGAGUGUUCUGCUACUUGUGUCUACUGAUGUUGAAGAACCAGGUAAACACGUUGCAGUGCUUGAAAAUGGGCUGGAAAUACGCAAAGCAUUUGUUGAUCAGCGGCCACGUGCAAGCGGCCCGGCGGGCUAGCACGCCAUCGAUUUGAGGUCAUGUUGUUGAGAAGUAGAACAUGAUCGAAAGUGUAAGAUGAAUUGGCAUAUCGUAGUUGUCAAGAAGUACUUACUUGUUCGACUCUGUAGUCUAUCGAAAAUGAAUCGUAGUUUUAUUUUUCCAUUUUUCCACUGUUUUAGGUGAUGUAAUUGUAGUCCAACCAGUUUCCAAAUCUGCGAUUAUACUGCGAUGAUCUCUUCAUGAUCUUCUCAUUCCCAUUUUCGUACUUCUUGGAUCAAAUCAAGCUUAUUUCUAGAGUCGUAAAAAUCGCACGUUUAUUUGCGCAUUGAUUUUUGUUUUUGAAGCAUCAUCAAAGAACCUCCAGAAGAUUGUGGAAGAAGUACAAGAGAAGCAACUGAAAAACACUCUGUCUCUUGAAACAGUACAUUAGUUUAUUUGCAGCCGGUGCCGGCUGCACAAAGUCAAAGAGGAGACUUUCUUGUCCUCAAUAAAGUUGUCACAACUACAUCGAAGGCAUGUAGCAUGCAGUUGUCGACUGCAAAAAUGCUCUUGAAGCUGCAAAGCUUUUCAAAUUCAAACGGCGAGUUGGAUCAAUCAAGCGAUGGCACAUGUUACUUGAAAUUCCUUUCCUUCCCAAAAGCUGUCUACACGCGCCGAGAGACGUUGACAAACAAUGCUUCUUCAAAAAAGUGCCACGGUACUAGUUUUCUAUGCGAAUCGAAUGCGAUUGGGACGAUGGUGGUGUGGGUGUCACUGUCAUGUAAGGAGGUAGAGAACCUUUUCUAAUAGGCAAAACUUUCCGGCGGUAGCGGUUGUACUCGAAGAAUUCGUUGCGGUUGUAAUUGUAAAGUAGUACUAUCAAUAAUUGAACAAUUACGCGACCACUUUUUUCCACCGGCGUGUAGUAAAUAUGAUUUACAAAAGCAGGCGUCUUCAAUUUGUUUCACCAGAGCGACAAAAGCAAAACUUCGUGAAUAGACAAUAAAUGCUACAACGAAGAACAAAUGGUUAACUCUAAAGAGAACGACGCUAAAAUUAAUUCAAAUCAAAUUCAAACCAAUUUCAAAUCUGCAAAGUUUUGUUGUUUUAGUGGCUUGAGGGAUAAUAAGAGGGUAAUAAAAAUCGAACUCUCGGCUGUCGCAAAUCGGCCAUCGAGAGAGUGAAAAAAAGCGCUGCAUCAGAAAGAGUGUCUCCUCGUCUCGCAAAAUUGCAAAGCGCAACUCGAUUCGGUAUUAUUCGGGCGAGUCGUCGCGCGCAGUCAUCAAGGCCCAGUGCGCGCCAAACUAACACGUUCGCGACUCUCUGCGGAGGCGUGUUCUGUAGAAAUUGGGUAGGCGUUCUCGCGUCUGCCCGACUUCUGGCAAUAAUUUUUGCCGUGUAAAACUAAAAGUCAAUGCGAAAAUCCCGCUAAGCGGGCGCCAGACUCUACUAAGAGCCUGGCGCCCCUUUCUCGGGAAACAAAGAUUGUGGCUGAUGGUCUCUGCAAACGUUGCUGACAAAGAAAAUGGCUUUCGAACACGCCCAAGUCGCCUGUCGCUCGGGCUGUCGGCUUUGCAGGAAAACAGUCUGUCACGCGCGGCCAUUGUUGGCGCGGUAGCUAUAGCUCUUCUCGCGAAGCCGACAUCACCGAGCCACCUCUUCAUCAAGAGCGACCACCAUGUGUGUCCGCGCUUCUCCCGAAAGUGCGCCGCGGAUGAGAAAACGGGUGGGGUCGCCCGAUGGGGCGCCCCUAGCUCGUAGCGCGCAGGUUCUGGCCCAACAAAUGCCCCCUCAGUGUUGAGCGUGAAACUUUUGCACAUCAAAGAAAGUCCGUGUCCCGAUAGAUGCGCCUCCUAAUGCUUUUUGUUGUUCAAUGAUGAUAAGUCGACUCCGCACCUCCAAAUCGAUGUAGGAUUGGUGCCGUUUUGUAUCGCUCGCACUGAAUGCUAGUAAUGGAAUUUUUUGAUUUUUGCGAUGCCGGUCAUCAUGUUCUGUUGCAUGACCGUGGUCGUGCGUAGCUUCGCAUGACAAACGAAAAUACGAAUACUAUCGCAGAAGUAGCAAGGUUUUUUUUUUGUGAAGGGGCACAAGAAAUCAAAAAGUAAAGUCGAUGGCAUUGGCGGUCGUCGAUGGCAUUGGCGGUCGUGUCCUUCGCAGCCUCGGUGCACAGGGUCAGGUCGUGCUCGAAGGUGCAGCUCGGGUCCAAACACGCCCCGAAAUCACGCUUCUUGAAACAGAUCGGCUUCGGGCGCGGCGCGCCGUACUUGCCAUAGCCCUUUCCACCACCCUUCAUGUCUUCGAAGUAGUUGUAACGGGCCGGGUAGUGCGACAUCCUUGUUUUUCGCAAAAAUAGGUCUUCGCGAUCUGGGUCAGGUUAGCGAUCUGGUUCUGUCGUUGUUCUGCUAGUAUUCUGCUGCACUUCAACAAUUAUUCAAUUCGGUUUAUUGUUCACGUCGUCUCCUUCAUCGUCGCUGCAGGAUCAACUUCUUUAUUAUCUGUUACUGGAUUUCGGAAUGAGGAUGAUCAAAAACACUUUGUUACUGUUGGCAGGAACACAGGACUACUCUUCACGUUUUACCGUUGUAUGUAGUGAGGUCACCGAACGGCUCUAA